AUGUCGUCUGAUAAUGUGCUAGAGGAUGUUUGGGGGUCAGAUAAUGAUUCUCCUCAUGAAACCAUAUCUUAUGAUCUGAAUAAGCUGAGAGAUAAUCACAAUAAGAGAGGCUAUUUGGACGGAAUUACUCACUCAAGGGAAGCCAACUUGCAAAGUGGAUUCGAUGAGGGAUUUCCCGCGGGAGCUAAGCUAGGAAUGGAGGUAGGAAAAUUGGUCGGUUUGCUACAGGGGCUUGCUAACAAAUACGGCGAUCAGGAUAAAUCGUUACUCGAAGACUUCAAUACCAUACAAGAAGAUCUCCGAAUUAAUAAGGUGCUCACGAAAACUCAUUUCGAUGCCAACUUGAAUCUGCAAGGAGAGCAUUCACUAAUUGUAAAAUGGAAUGCUAUAGUCAAGACGUAUAGUGAAAAGUAUUCAAUUCAUACAGGUUUAUAG